AUGAGUGCAGGGUGGAUCACUAGUGCAGCAUUCCCCCCAGAUAUCUCAGAAGUACAGGAAUAUCAUACAAUAGGGUCAACACUGCUGUAUACAAGCAAACAUGGAGAUCCUGUAUUAAGUGAUAAACAACCCGAAGACUUGGAAAAAAACGAAGAGGAAGCAGAAAAGAAAAAGAUGAAGCAGACCCUUCAGAAACAUCUGGUCGUUCUACUUCCUUCUAUGAUUUAA